GGUAGGCACUACUCUACCAUGAAAUUAAGAAAGAAAUUUCUUCUUCUUCAAUGAGCACAUCUAAUGUCACAUUUUCCUCGAUAUAUCAAUCAAAUUCGAAAGUCAAUGGGACAGUAGCUUGGUCUAGCCUCAAACGCGCUCAAAAUUCCGGUUUUUCUUUCGAUAACUAAAAAUUUUCGUGAUUGGUACAUAACUUUCGGUCGAGAUGGGUAUAGCAGACGACUACCUUCGAAAAGAGAAGGAGGAGCAAGAUCGACAAGCCGAAAAGGAAGAGGAGGAAGAGGAAGAAGAAGAUGAAGAAGAUGAGGAUGAGUUGGAGAUAUCCAGCGUUGAAGAGACACUCAGGGCAAAAAUGGAGGGCGACGAAGAAAGCGACACUGAGAAACACAAGGAAGAUAAGGGUAUUGAAAAGGGCUUAUUCUUCAAGUGGUGGAUCAAACCCAGUAUAAUUUAUGCAUUUCGUCAUCCACUUGUCACAUCUAGACUGGAAAAAUUGAUGGGAUCGAACUGCGUGAGUCUCACUGAUCGUGAGUUCAUGCAGAGAUUGCAACACAGGAUUUUGAUUGAAUAUGGCAAUGCAGCUGAAAAGAGAAUAAGGAUCAGAGAGAUGGACGAAAUGGAGAGGGUGAAAAAUUUGGUACUCACUGGAAAAGUACCGUUUUCCAAAGCUCCACCGGAGAUGUUUGAUCAUCCUGUGAUGGUAAUCGAGCGAUACUGUCAGAAACUGAUCGCAGAAAGAAGGGCGAAGAUAAAAGUACCCAAGGUCAACAUUCCGAAUCAUCUUUAUUGGGAUGACACAAUCGAUCCUCCGUCAGGAUUGUCCAUAGAAAAGGGUCAUAUGUUCAGGGAUUCCUUCGAUCGAGUUUGCAUACCUCCAGAGAAAUUCUUGUCUGUCGAUGAUGAAGAAGACAUAGAGCUGGGUUAUAUGUUGACGAAUGCAGAAUUUGAAACCUUGAGAUACGAAGAUCCCAACGUGAGAAGAUUGAAAGAAUGCCAGACGGUCGAGGAACUCUAUGAGCUCUCAGAUGAAGUUAUCGGAAAUCUGAAGACAAUGGAGGGCAGAGUUGACGAUGAUACAUCAUCGAAGAUGUCAGCGCAGACAAUGUGAAAUUUUCUACAGAUGCGAUAGGAAUAAGUUGUAAAUAUUCAUCAUAUUCAUUAGGUCAAAAAUUUGUAAAGUGUGAGAGCCAGAAUGUACUCUUGUUUUUGUCUCGUGAAAUACACAAUCAUAAGAAAU